AUGGCAGCAACCAACGAAGCACAGAAGGCUCAUGCUCAUUUCGUUCUAGUACACGGUGCUGGCCAUGGGGCUUGGUGCUGGUACAAGAUCAAGCCGAAGCUCGAGUCUUCAGGUCACAAGGUGACCGUGCUGAACCUUGCCGGUUCGGGCAUCAACAUGAAGGCCAUACACGAUGUCCACUCACUAGCAGAGUACUCCGAGCCUUUGUUGGAGCUUAUAGCCUCACUUGGUCCAAAAGAAAAGGUGAUCCUUGUAGGGCAUAGCCUUGGAGGCAUGAACUUGUCCCUUGCCAUGGAAAGGUUCCCACAGAAAAUUUCUGCUGCUGUUUUCUUGACUGCCUUUCUGCCAGAUACAACUCACCAGCCAUCGUAUAUUAUGGAUGAGUUCAUGCAGAAGAUACCAGCAGACUCAUGGCUAGACACUCAGUUUGAACAAUUUGGAAGCGCCACCAAAGAACCCUUAACAUCGAUAUUCUUUGGUCCCAAGUACUUACAGGCGAACCUCUAUCAACUCAGCCCCGUUGAGGAUCUGGAACUUGCCAAGAGUUUAGUGAGGAAGAGUUCAUUCUUUCGUGAAGAAGUGGCUAAGAUGAAGAACUUCUCGAAUGAGGGAUAUGGGUCGGUUACACGAGUUUAUGUGGUUUGUGACAAAGAUUUGAUAAUAACUGAGGAAUUUCAGCGAUGGAUGAUUGCAAACAGCGGGGUUAAAAAUGUGGUGGAGAUUAAGGGUGCUGAUCAUAUGCCAAUGUUUUCAAAGCCACAAGAACUUUCCAAUGCUUUUCUGGAGAUAGCACAAAAGUACGCUUAA